AUGCAGGCUGCAGAGCGGUCCUGGGAGCUCAGCAAUUCGAUAACCGUCUUUGAUCCGCAAAGAGACGCACUCUAUCAAUAUGAUGCAGAUACAGAGAGGCAACUCAAUGCCGAGCGACCCUGGGCCUCCGACCCGUACUAUUUUAAGCACGUACGCAUCUCAGCAACAGCAUUAUUGAAGAUGGUGAUGCACGCUCGUUCCGGUGGCUCGCUAGAAAUAAUGGGACUGAUGCAAGGCUAUAUCCUUCCCAAUACAUUUGUGGUGACCGAUGCAUUCCGAUUGCCUGUCGAAGGCACCGAAACCCGAGUCAAUGCACAGGACGAAGCAAACGAAUACAUGGUGUCUUAUCUACAAUCCUGUCGGGAUGCGGGGCGGAUGGAAAAUGCCGUCGGCUGGUAUCACAGUCACCCUGGCUAUGGAUGCUGGCUGUCUGGCAUUGAUGUCGCUACUCAACAAACACAACAAAUGACAGGGCCCUUCGUCGCCGUUGUCAUUGAUCCGGACCGUACUAUAUCCGCAGGCCGUGUCGAGAUCGGAGCAUUCCGUACAUUCCCAACGAAUUUCACCCCGCAGAAGGAAGCCAGUGAGGACGAUGAGUACCAGACUAUCCCGCUUGGGAAGGCAGAGGACUUCGGUGCACAUGCCAAUCAGUACUACUCUCUCAAUGUCAGUCAUUACAAAAGCACUCUGGACUCCAAGUUAUUGUCUUUACUCUGGAACAAAUACUGGGUGUCAACUCUCAGCCAGAGUCCGCUUUUCACCUCUCGGGAUUUCGUGGACAAGCAAAUUGUGGAUCUCAGCCAGAAAGUUCGUAAAGCCGCACGCGGCGGCUCGGAAAACCCUGGUCCUCGCCCUGCUGUAACUGGUAUGGCAAAUACCAAAGAUCGUCAACUCGAGAAAGUCGUUCGAGGUGGGAACCAAAUUGUUACGGAAGAGGUGAAAGGUCUCUUGGCAUCUGAAACCAAGCUGAAGCUCUUUCACGGCAUUGGAAAAGGAUCCGCCGUAAAAGAGUAG